AGAUCAUGAACUUGAAAGAAAUCCCGGUCCACGAUCACUUCCGCGAAACCGUAGCAUAUGACUUCUGUGCUCCGCAUCACACCUACUAUUUUGACAAAAUUUUUAACCAAUACAAAAGUGCCUAUCAAAAACCAGAAAAAGUCGACGAGGGAGUACAGACCACGCUUCGAGGUGAUAUCAAAUUGGAGCCGUUCGAGAAAGCUGUUGAUAGAUUCAGAAAGCAGCUGUCUGUAGCUAGAAAAUUACGUGAGGAAAAUCCAGAUGCCGAGUCAGUUGAUGAAGAGAAGGAGAGACUCGAGCUGUUCCAAUGUGUCAAAGUAAUUCUCGGAGAGGACAUUUGGAUGGAAUACGUUAUUCAAUCUGGCAAAUAACAGUUUUUCAAACAAAACAAUUCUGUUCGGGUUUUAGAUUGAUGUCGCCAUGUUUUAAAUAUUUAUUGAUUUUUUCGAAUUUGCUGAUUAGAUGAAUAAAAUAUAGUUUUACA